AUGCGUCAUCACAGAUAUAGCGGUAAAAAACCUAGUGAAUCAAAGAGCAGUAAAAACAAAGAUAAACAACAGAACAGUCAAGCAUAGAAAAGCAAUUAGAAAAAGCAAUCACAGGAUAACAAACAGAAUGAUAAGAAUGAUAAGCAGUCAAGAAACAAUAGUCCUAAAAAGGGUAGCUAGAGGAAUUCAAUUGUGAAUGUAAAGAAAAAUAGAUUUAAAGUGUUCAUAUAGGCACAGAUAGUCAGUAAUAGAAAACACCACACGGACAUCCCCAUGAUAUUGAUGAUUGUGAAGAUUUUUAUGGAAGGUACUUUUGUUUAAAUUUAUGGCAAUUUCCUAUGUAGAUUUUGGAAUCCGCUUGUAUCUUUCAUGAAAAGAUUCGGAUUACGAACUAAAGUUAGCCCAAAACUAAAAUUCUUGACUAUGUACUAAUGGAGAGAAAUGAAUAGGAAUAAGUUUUAGCUUGGACUCUCAUUCUGCUCCAUUUUCGUUAUUGUUUUGUCUACAUUGCUGGUAUCAUCGAGUAUAGAAAAGACUCCGGUUGCAUUCUUCAAUUUUGCACAAACUAACCACGGAGAAAUUGACGCUAUUAUUACUCCCGGCCAGUCUGGUCCUAGUCAAGGAACAGAGAAAUAGUAUUUCUUAAAUUAUACGGCUAUUACUGAAGGAUUAUCAAACUUCAAGUAUCAGUUAAGUCCAAGGAAAACCUUUUGCGGUACUGAGAUAAGAAAACACAAUCCUGAAAAUUAAGCCAAUAAUAUGCAGUUACAAUCUCAUAAUGGUUUUGAUUAGCAUAAUAACGAAAAUUUAACAGACACAGAUCUUGCCAAAUAAAAUAUUAUGGAUGAAAGCCUUAGACACUUCACUUGUUUAGCUUUGAUAGACACUGAUAAGGAAAGAUAGAUCAGAAUAGGAAUCAAUUACGAGUUGCCUAAGAUGAAGCGAGGAGAAUGCUAUUUCCAUUAGCAGCAAUUAGAUGAUCUUGGCGCUAAAAUAGGAGAUACUUUAGAGCUAGAUAUAAUGAUUGAAUAGCUUUAUCUUGAGUUCAUCAAGCUGUACAACAAGCAUGCAGAUUAUUAUGCUUUGCCGAAAAUGCAAAAUGUACAAAUGACCUCAAGAACAUAGGUGAAAUGCAAAGUUAUGCAUGCUAUUUAAAAACAGACAUUAAAAUUCAGCAAAUAGUUUGAUAAGAUGACGAGCAUGAUGGAGUAUGAUCAAUUUAUGGGACUUAUACUAGAUAACCUGCCACAAGAAUUGAAGGAUAAUGCUUUAUUCUUGAGAUUCUUAAAGCAGAGAAAAAUUCGUUUAGAGGAUUAUGCUGAUCAUCUAGUAAUGAGUUUGCCUACCCCUAGAAAUAGAUGGUACACAAAAAGAUCCUAUGAUGAGACUCAAUACAUUGUUACUCAUUACUUCAAUAAAUUCAUUGACAGAGUUGGAUUUUAUUCCGUCUCAGUAGAUUGUAAGCUAUUGCUUGAGAUCUCUAAAAUUGCAAGAAAUAAUGUGCUUCUUACACUUCUUUUUGAUUUUGUACUGCUUAUGUUCAUUGUUAUAUCAACCUUACUUAUUCAUUCUCUAAUCAUGAUCAGAAUCGAGACAAGAUCUCUUGAAACUGCAGUAGCAAGAAUGAAUGGUUUGAAUAAGCAUGAUCUUAUCAAGAUGAUGAUUAUAUCAUGUUCAUUCUUUGUGGUGCCUGCAGUAAUUUUAGCUUUCAUUUGCAGCUAUCCAUUACUUGGACUUUUAUAUUCUGCUGUCCUGAAGGAAAAACUCUAAGAUGACUUUUUACCGAUUCCUAGCCGUCAAGCAGUUGGAUUAGCUUUAUUUGUUAGCUUGAUUGUUCCAUUUUUGAGCGCUAUAAUGCCCAUAAAGUAACAAUUAGCCAAAAACCUAGCAGAUGCAUUGAGAUUUGAUAGAAGUAAGGUUUAAUCCCAUUCUUAUUCAGUUGAGGAAAAUUCCAAAGCUGAAAUGAUGCAAAAGACAUGCUUUGGAAUAUUGACUACAGGAUAUGGAUUUAUAGUGUAUUAUUUUAUGCCCUUAGCCAUGAUUUCAGAUGAUUUAGGAAUGCUCUUAAGAAUAUUUUCAUUCUUGCUUUUCUGCUUGGGAGUAGGUCUUUGCUUACUUUCAAUGAACUUAGAGAGAUCACUCGAGACCUUUUUAGUAUGGUCAUUUUUCUGGGAGCCUGAAUCCUUUAAGAGAUUAUUAAAAAAUAAUCUUAGAGCUCAUAUGUCCAGAAACAAACUUACUACCCUAAUAUAUUCCUUUGCUUUCGCUUUCAUAAUGUUUGUGAUGUUCACUGUAAAUACUUAAAUCGACACUCAUCAAAAUCAUGUACAACUUAGAAAUGGGCAGUUUCCAUCUUUUGAGUCUCUAGGCUCUAAAACAGCGAUAGAUGUGGAAAAAAUUGAUGAUGCUCUUAUGAAGCACAAAGAUAUCAUUGAAUCAUUUAGUUAUGUACCUUAUGAUUCAACCUAAUACCCAGGCUCAAACGAUAAGGAAAUAAAGGUGACAGAUGAAUCAAGAUAAAUUGAAUUCGAAGCUAAGUUAUUUGGAAUGAUGCCAAAUUUCUUUAAAACAACAGAGAAGAAGUUUUAUGAAGUCUUCAGAAAUAAUAGUGGACUAGAUAUAACAGAGUAAUUAUACUCUGCCAGAGGAUCACAGGGAGCUAUUGUAGGUACUCUUGUGGGUCAGUUAGCUGGAUAGAAUUCACACAAAAUAGAACAGCUAAAAACAAUAGUUAUUAACAAAUUCCAGCAGAAAUUUAAGCAAUCAAUAAAGAUCAGGCCGAUUAUACAGCUUAAUCAAGGUCCAUUGUUAAAGUUUACAGACAGAUUCCCACUUGAGAAUUUAUACUUUCACUCAGUUUUAAUGUCACUACCUAUGCUUGCUCAUCAUAUAGGUAUUAGAAUUAAAGAUAUUCCAUUUGAAAGACUGAUAGUUAAGCUUAAGAGUGGUAUAGAUAUUAAGGAAGAGUAAAAGAUAUUCAAGGAAAUCAAGAACAAUUUACCUCCACAUGAGUUCAACUAAAUUAAAUUUGAAUCAAUGGAUAGAAGUCAUGCUUAAGUUCUAAAAGAUAUUAUGCAGAAUGUCUUCAAUAUGAUUAUCUUUUUGACACUGGCCCUUAGUUUCUUGUCAUUAAGCUCUUCAAUGACAUCAAAUAUCUACGAGUAAUCAAAAGAAAUCGGUACUCUCAGAGCGAUGGGACUGAAAUAGAGCAGGCUUAUCUAACUUUAUGUGUAUGAAUCAUACAUACUGGCAGUUUCGAGUUCACUCCUUGGAGUAAUGAUAGGGUUUACAAUGAGUUACACGCUGAACUGUCAGUUCAAGAUACUGACGGGUAUCCCUACUGCUUCUUACUAUCCAACCUACUAAGUUUUAAUUAUAGCCCUCUCAUCAACCGUUUGCGCCAUUAUUAGUACAUACCGCCCUGUAAAGAAAAUGACGGAUCUGGAAAUUUCCGAUAUACUAAGAAUGGCAUGA